AUGGCGGAUUCCUCCGGACGGAAGAUGCCGGUUAGCUUACUUCCUUUGUUUUGGAGGCUCAAUUCUGGCGCCGGAAGUGGCACUGGAUGGGUGGAUGCGAUGGAGCAAGCUAAGAUGGCGUCUCCUAAGAGUGCUCCAAAGGAUGCACAGGUAAUGGCUCAGAUCCUAAAGGACAUGGGGAUUACAGAAUAUGAACCCAGAGUAAUUAACCAGAUGCUGGAAUUCACAUAUCGAUAUGUAACAACAAUACUUGAAGAUGCAAAGAUUUAUUCUAGUCAUGCAAAGAAGAACAACAUUGAUGCAGAUGAUGUACGCCUUGCCAUACAAUGCCGGACAGACCAAUCAUUUACAACUCCUCCUCCAAGAGAUUUUUUACUAGAAAUUGCAAGACAAAAGAACCAAACCCCUCUACCUUUAAUCAAACCUUAUGCUGGACCCAGGCUACCUCCAGACAGAUAUUGCUUGACUGCACCGAACUAUCGACUUAAAACGAUUCAGAAGAAGAUCCCAUCUUCAACUGGAAGAAUAACCGUGCCAAGACUAAGUGUGGGAGCAGUCACCAGCAGACCAAGCACCCCAGGAUUAGGUACCCCGUCUGCACAAACUGUGUCAGUUUCCAAAGUUGGAACUCCAGUAUCACUGACUGGUCAGCGAUUCACUGUUCAAAUACCAACCUCACAGACAACUGUCAAAACAGUCCCUACUACUACACCUACAGUUCAGAAUGUCCUAAUCAAUCCUUCAUUAAUUGGUUCCAAAAACAUUCUUAUUACAACAAACAUGGUGUCUUCACAAAGUGUAAACAACGAGUCCAAUUCAUUAAAGCGGAAACAUGAAGAUGAUGAAGACUAUGAUGCCAUGUAACAUGAUUAAUUCCUACUGUUUAGGGGCAUUUCCUUAAUAGACUUUAUUCAACUGCAACAAAUCAUGGGACUUUCAUUUCAAAAUAGUUUUUGUGUGUGGGAUUUUUUGUUUGUAUUUCCUUGGAAGCAAUAUAACUAUGCAUCAUAUCCCCAUUUUUUUUAUAUAAUAUUUAUCUGUUAUAUUGUGGAAGCCAAUGUAAAUUAAAGGGAUAUUACAAGA